AUGUCAGGCGGGGGUCGGGGGGGGAGUGACUCCUCCAACCCGUGGGUUUUCGCGGACGAUCUUAAGACGGACACGGAGCAGGAGCUGAAGGCGUUGCAAGCAGGCCCGGACCCUAGCCUCGCGUCCUUGCAUGUGUCCAAGUCCUUUCCGCCGGAGGUGGGCAAAGCAGCAGCAGCGAGCGCGGCAGGCGCGGUGGGGAGGGGGAGCCUGGGGAACCUGCAGCCGCUGCCAGUCGCGCCCCCUACCGUGCCAUCUGGCGCGUCCUCUCCGCGUAGCGGCCCCUCCACGCCACCUGAACCAUCGUCCAUGGGAGCUGCAGGGAGAGGAGGAUUAGGAGGAGCAGGAGGAGCAGGAGGAGCAGGGGGAUUAGGAGGAGCAGGGCCGUACGGGUCUUCCCCUGCGAAACAGCCGUUGGAGCACAGGUCUCCCCAUCCGCACACCAUGUCGCCAGACAGACGGGUUCUAGCCUCCAACCCCCUGCCCCUCCCUCCCGCCAGACAAGUAGGCGCGCUGGGCUCAGGGCCAAUGGCCGGGAGAUUGGAAGCACUGGCUCCAGGUGUAGGCCCAGGUGUAGGCCCAGGUGUUGGGUCAGGUGUAGGGUCAGGUGUAGCAGCAGCACCAGGGCCUGUCCGCGCGCUCUUCCCCGUGCAUUCCUCCCCUUCUCGGGAUCUCGAAGCCGUUUCCGUGAACCAUCCGCCGUCGCACGAGGCUCCGCCGUCAAUCCUCGUAGGCCGAGGGGCAGCAGGGGGCGUGGGCGGUGCUGCUGCUGGUGCUGGCGGGUUUGGUCGUGCUGAUGGCGGGUUUGGUGGUGGUGGUGAUGGUGGGUUUGGCGGCGGUGGGGGAAGUGGGGGUGUGAGUCCGCUGGCGCGUGGGAGGUCCGCGUCUACCUCAGGAGCGCCCGUUGCUUUACUAGGUGGGGGAUCCCAGGGGCACAGCCCGCGGACUCCCGCGCCCUCUCCCAUGGAAGGCGCUUUAGCAGCUUUAGCGGCUGUAGCGGCUGUAGCACCUGUAGCACCUGUAGCGGCCGCGUCAGCAGGCACUUCGCCGUCUGGCCGCUACAGAGUGUCCCCGCCUGCAGGGGCGCCCUUUGCUGCUGCGCCUGUUGCUGGGAGCUCUGCUGCUUUGAAUCGGCAAGGGAGUGGAGGGAUGGGUGGGGGAUUUGGAGGAGGGAUGGGAGGGGCGGUUGGGGCAGGGAUGAGCGGGAAUAUGGGCGGAGGAAUGGGAGGAAUCAUGGGCGGAGGAAUGGGGGGUAACAUGGGAGGAGGAGUUGGGGGAGGAAUGGGCGGGGGAGUAGGGGGAGGACUGGGCGGAGGAAUGGGAGGAGGAAUGGGCGGUGGAGUGGGCGGAGGAAUGGGCGGAGGAAUGGGAGGAGGAAUGGGCGGUGGGGUGGGCGGAGGAAUGGGCGGAGGAAUGGGGGGAGGAAUGGGGGGAGGAAUGGGGGGAGGAAUGGGGGGAGGAAUGGGGGGAGGAAUGGGGGGAGGAAUGGGGGGAGGAAUGGGGGGUGGAAUGGGGGGUGGAAUGGGCGGAGGAAUGGUUGGAGGCGUGGCAACGCCACCCGCCAGCAGCUCCAAGCUCUCAACCCGAUCCUCGUCCCCCUUGCGAAUCAAGCCUAGCGUGACCAAGCUCGAGCCCCUCCCAGUCUCCCUCACCAAAUCCCCCGUCGCCUCCCCUAGAGCCGCCACAGACAGGCCGCCACUGCCGUUUGAAACGCCUCAGAACCCACAGCACCCCUUUGAACCGUCUCAGAAUCCGAUGUUUCCCAAGUCGGCAAGCCAAACGUCCACCCCUGGCCAGGUGUCGCGGGUCGGCUCGAUGAAUGAGGGGCACGGGAGGGAUGUUGUUGGGCUGCCCGGAGGAGCAGGGUUUGGGCAGCAUUUCGGGCAGCAGCAGCUGGGAGGGCAGCAAAUAGGUCAGCCUUUUGGGCAGUCAGGGCAGCAAUCAGGGCAGCAGUUGGGGCAGCAAUCAGGUCAGCCGUUUGGGCAGCAGUCAGGGCAGCAGUUAGGGCAGCCGUUAGGGCAGCAUUCAGGGCAGCAGUUAGGGCAGCCGUCAGGGAAGCAGUUAGGGCAGCCGUUAGGGCAGCAGGUCCAGCAGCAGCUGGGGAGAGAAGGCAUGCUUCCCUGGCAGCAAUUUCCUAAAUCAUCCAGCCAGGCGUCCACCCCUGGGAACCUCUCCAGGGGAGGUUCCACUAACGAGGGCUCCAUGCUGGUGCCUCCAGGAGGCCCCUCUACAGUCACAGCAGCAGGCGCUGGAGCAGAAGCUACCGGGGAGGAGGAGGGGGACACGUUCGUGCCUCAGAGAGGGAGGUGGAAGAAGGGCAGCAGAAUUGGGUCGGGAGGAUUUGGGUCCGUGUACAAGGGAAGCGACAUAGACACAUCACGUGUGUUUGCGGUCAAGGAGGUCAAUAUCUCGGACCACAACUCUAUCUCCCAGCUCGUGCAGGAGAUUGACACGUUGAAGAAAAUGCGUCAUAAGCGCAUCGUUCGAUAUCUCGGCUCAGAAACUGACGACAAGUGCAUGUACCUCUUUCUCGAAUACAUGGACACAUCGCUCUCCAAAUACCUCGAGGACUUUGGGCCCUUGGAGGAGCAUCAGAUCGCCAAGUACACUCGCCAGCUGCUGGAGGGGCUGGCGUACCUGCAUGACAACAACAUCGUUCACCGAGACGUGAAGGGGAAGAACAUUCUUCUGGAUACCAAGGGAAAUGCCAAGCUCGCUGACUUUGGUGUAGCAAAAUACGUAGAAACACCAGCAGACAUGUCGGGCAUGCGCGGCACUGUGUGGUGGAUGGCGCCUGAGGUAAUCAACCAGCGGCCGGAGGGGUACAACUGGCCAGUGGACAUCUGGAGUCUCGGCUGCACCGUCAUUGAGAUGGCCAUGCGGGUCGUUGAUAAACGUCUGCGCAUCCCCUGGCUUGACGUCGAGGGCAAGCCGCCCUGGGGGGCAUCGCCCACUGAUGGGAUGGCGGCUAUUCUGAGAAUAGGCGGCACGACAACCCCACCGCCCAUCCCCAGCCAUCUCUCAGACUGCGCAAAGGACUUCCUCCGCCACUGCCUCGCUGUCAACCCCUCCCACCGCCUGCGAGCGCACAAGCUCAUGCAACACGUGUUCGUCGCAGGGCCUGUGCCCGUGGGGGUGGGGAUGAGCGGUGGAGGCAUGAGCAGUGGAGGCAUGAGUUCGGGUCAUAUGGAUGCUCCUCGCUCUCCCAGGUCAGUGUCCUCGCAGCCCUCCUAUCCUUCCCCAUGGGAGCAACCCUCGUACCAUCAACAGCAGCAACAGCAACAACAACAGCAACAUCAGCAGUAUCAGCAGCAGCAGCAGCAUCAACAACAGCAGCAGCACCAACAGCAGCAACAGCAGCAGCAGCAGCAGCAGCAGCAGCAGCAGCAGCAGCAUCAGCACCUCAAUUAUCAGCCGCAGCAACACCCGUCUUGGCGCGAUUCCGGUCCGAUUCCAUCCGGGCCCCCGUCUUCCAUGCCUCCUCCCUCAGGCCCGGCGUUGUCCGGACCUGGCAUGUACUCCGGUCCUGCUGCCGGACCUGGCAGGCACGGAUGGAGGGACGACAUGGCCGCGCGGGAUUACAGCGCCGGACCUCCGUAUUUUCCAGGCUCGGCAGCAGGCUUGGUGGCGAACGGAGGAGGGCGAAUGAGUCCUCAGCAUAUGUACUCAAGAGGGGAAAACAGCAGUGGGUUUGGUCUAGCAGGGAGUGGAGGAGGGGGAGGAGGAGGAGGAGGAGGAGGGGGAGGAGGAGGAGGGGGAGGGGGAAUGAUACCACCUGCUAGAACCCGCAGCAGCCCUACUGUUGACCUGAGAGAGAUGGCUGAUCAUGCACAAGCUUUUCUCGCUGGUGAUGCUGCUGGGAUGUAUGGGGGCCCGCACGGUCUUUCUCCUCCUCCUCCUCAGAUGGUCGCUAGGGGGAGUAGUGCAGAUGGGUAUGGCAGCGGUGGAGAUGGGUAUGGCAGCGGUGGGGAUGGGUACGGUGGCGGUGGCGGUGGCGAUCGGUUUGGUGGUGGAGGGCCAGUGGGGCAUUGGAAUCAGAGAGACUUUCCCCACACCGACCCUCCUCCCUCUCCAUUCCCCUUCACACCCUCAUCUACACAUGUUCUAGCACAUGAUUCUCCUCACCCCUCCUCUCUAUGCCCCCACACGGCUCCCCUGCAACAGUCACCCGGCCAGUACCCCUACUCUUCCCAGCAAAACCCAUACCACCACCCCCAACCGCAGCAGAACCCCUCUUACUCCCAGCGGCCUUACGACCACUACCCGCCACCGCCGCCUAACCAGUACCCGCAGCAGAUGUGGCAGGGUGGGGGAGGGGGAGGAGGAGGAGGAGGGGGGGCAGGGGGGGCAGGGGGAGGAGGGGGGCGAAUGGGGGGUGGAUGGGAACAGGGGGCAGAGGGUAUGGGUGGGUAUGGGUCUUCGACUCAAGUUUCUGGUGGUGUUGGGGGGGGUUAUUCUGGUGGUAUGCGGGGAGACAUGAGAGGAGGCAUGGGCCCAGGCAUGCAAAGGCAGGCGCCUCAGCAGCCGAAGACGAAGGAGACGAAACAGCUGAAGCUGAAUCAGCCACCCCCGUCGCAGGGAGUGGCGUACCGUGCAGUGCCAGAUCCUGACCUCGCAAGCCCCCCGUUUGAGUCACCCUACACGGCUCCUGACAUUCCCUUGGAUUACCACCAGCAGAACGGCACAAACUGCCCUGAGCAGGUGCUUCUCGCCCCAGCUUCCCCUGACGGGCUCUUCAUGUUUGUGCGAUUCAUCAUUCCUAACAUCAUGCCGUUAACCGCAUGCGAGAAGAGGCACAAGCUGCCCAUUGACCUGCUUAAUGAAUUGGGAGAAGAAGCAGGACGUGUCAUAAAACCUAGGGUGGGGAAAGCAGGUGUGGGGGAGGAGCAAGAGGACGAGGGGGACGAGGAAGAGGGGAAGAGGCACAAGCUGUCUGUUGACCUGCUUAAUGAGUUGGGAGAAGAGGCAAGACGUGAGAUCAAGUCUAUCUCUGGGCAAGCAGGUGUGGGGGAGGAGGAAGAGGACGGGGAGGGGGAGGACGAGGAAGGUGGGGAGGGGGAAGGGGAGGAGGAGGGGGAGGUGCAGGAGAGGUUGGUGGAAGGCGGGAUGGGGGAGAGAAAAUGUAGGCGCAAGCGCUCGGUGCUCUAUGGCACGGACCCAAACGCCCUCAACCAGUCGGCCAGCGGCCGCUCCUUCCGCUACGCCUUUGCAGAGGGCACAGACGGGGCAUACGUGUCGGGAGAUACCUUCUUCAUCCCCAUCGGCCCGCUCCUCCCUUCCACGCGCUACUACUAUCGAAUCGAAGGCUCCCCAGUCACCCACUCCUUCACCUCGCUCCCCGCCCCUGGCUCUACGUACCCCUUCAAGGUCGCACUUGUGGGCGAUGUGGGUCAAACCCUAAACAGCAGCACCACGUUUGACAAUGUCAAAGCCGGCAGCCCCAGCCUGGUGCUGUUUGCAGGAGAUUUGAGCUACGCUGAUAAGUACGGCCCACCGCACUGCACCCCGGUGGACUCUUCUCAACCCCUCCCUGCGUCUGAAUCGCCUGAGGCUGCUGGGAAGAGCGGGAGCGAGUGGGAGAAGGAGCGCGAGAGGAAGAGCAAGAUAUGUGGGCUGGGUGGAGUGCGGUGGGACUCGUACGGCCGCUUGUCCGAGAAGGUCUUUGCUCAUAUCCCUGUGGUGCACGUGCCAGGGAACCACGAGAUUGAGCUCGUGCCUAGGUGGGGCGAAUUGCGCCCGUUCAAGGUGUACUCUGCACGGAUCCCCCCUCUGCUCCACCACCACCACCCGCUGCUGGCGAGCCUGCUGGCCAAGGCCGGAAUCACUCCCAACCACCACCACCACCACGCGUACCCAUCCAAGGCACCGCUCUUCUACUCCUUGGACAUCGGCCCCGUGCAUGUGAUCUCUAUCAACUCCUACUCGCCCUUCCUCAUCUACACGCACCAGUGGUACUGGCUGCGGGACGACCUGUGCCGUAUUGACCGCGAGAAAACCCCAUGGGUCGUGGCGUUCAUGCAUGUUCCUCUCUACAACAGCAACGACGGGCAUUACCUUGAGGGCGAGCCGAUGCGGUAUGAGGUAGAGGACUGGUUGCACGAGGCGGGGGUGGAUCUAGUGGCGAGCGGCCACGUGCAUGCAUACGAGCGCAGCUACCCCGUGUACGGGAUGAAGCGCAUGGAGAACGGGUGUGCUGCCGUGCAUGUGACGGUGGGCGACGGUGGCAACAUUGAGGAGAUUGCGGGCCCUUUCCUUGAGCCACAGCCGUCGUACAGCGCGUACCGAGAGGAGUCCUUUGGGCAUGCUGAGCUCGUUUUCAAUGACAACCACACCGCUACCUACAGCUG